UUUACAUAUCAAAACAAACAGGCAUUCAAGGAGGCAGUCAUCACACGACAUCCUCAUAUUGGGGAAUAUGCAUUUGGAUUCAUUACCUCAUCAGUCUCGCUCCAGAGCUAUUCUGGUCAAGAGGACCUUUACUGUGUCUAUGUGCCGACCAACCAUCUCUACAUUGGUGAUAUCUUCAUGGUGAACUCGAAGGAUGUGAUAAGGCCUAAUCUUUCUGUGCGUGAAGGCAUUGAGAUCGUUGUGUCUGGUGGUAUGUCAAUGCCCCAGAUUUUGUCGACCCUGGAUCCACAUCCAGAUCUGCAUGCAAUCCACACAGACCGAGGUGGAGCGAGAAGAAGCUGAGGCAAACUACCUGCAUAC